AUGAAGAAAAAUGGUAUACAUGUUUCCAAAACACAACUUAUCAACAAAUGGAAGGCGUUGAAAAAGAAAUAUAAAGAAGUAAACGAUGAGAACAAUAAAACUGGAAAUCAAAAACACUCCUGGAAAUACUUUGAUCAGUUCAGUGAAGUUUAUGGCAACAAGGCAUCCACAAGUGUUAGCGUGUCCUUCGACACAGGACGGAGAGAUAAAAUGAAAAUCAACAUAGAUAGCAAAGAUGAAGAUAUUUCACUUGUUCCAGAGAAAGAAAAGCAAUCCACAUCUAGUGACACAGAUUCCAAAUCAACAGCUACAGGCACAAAGCUGAAAUCUAAGAAGCGCAAAAUGUCCGACAGCACAAAAUUGAUAGAAAAUAUUCAAGAGCAAAACAGAGAGCUUAUGAACUCCAUGGAAAAGCACCAUGAGGAGAAAAUGCGCCGAAUAGAUCGUAUGCUAGAACUAAUGGAGAAGUCAUUGGACAAAUAA